AUGACGAAUGAAGCCGCAGCCGUGCUGAUCCAGGCCUGGUGGCGCGGCACCCUGGUGCGCCGGACUCUGCUUCACGCAGCCCUCAGGGCCUGGAUCAUUCAGUGCUGGUGGCGGAGGAUGCUGGCAAACCUGCUAACCAAGAGGCGGCAGGCAGCACUGGAGAACUACGCACGGCGAGAAUGGGCAGCCGUCAGGGUGCAGGCCUGGUUCCGCAUGUGGCGCAUCCGCGCACCUUAUUGCCGCCUGCUCAACGCUGUCCGCAUCAUCCAGGCCUACUGGCGUUGGCGUAAUUGCCACACCCGUGGCUUUAUCCAGGGCCACUAUGAACUCAAAGCAAACCUACUGAAUCUUCAACUUGAAAUCUCGUUGGGUUCACAGGCUUAUAGGGUGACGCAAUGCAUACCCCUUCCAAUAAAGGAAUGA